CCUGCGCGUUCCCGCGGGCGGCCGGGAAGGUGGAGGCGGCAGCAAGAUGGCCGUGGCGGGUAAGGGAGUGGUGUCGGCCGCCGUCAAGCCAAUCUUCAGCCGGGACCUGGGCGAAGCGAAGCGGCGCGUCAGGGAGCUGUACCGGGCGUGGUACCGCGAGGUGCCCAACACAGUGCAUCUAUACCAGCUGGACAUCACAGUGAAACAGGGACGUAACAAGGUGCGAGAAAUGUUCAUGAAGAAUGCUCACGUUACGGAUCCACGCGUGAUAGACAUGCUGGUUAUUAAGGGGAAAAUGGAGCUUCAAGAAACCAUUCAUGUCUGGAAGCAGAGGACUCACGUCAUGAGGUACUUCCAUGAGACGGAAACCCCGCAACCUAAAGAAUUUCUGUCCAGAUUCUAUGCGGGCCACAGUCCCUGAGAAACUGACUCUGUCUACCUGCCUUAUAUUACAAAUAAAGUUCUAUACAAUAGGAAAAAUCCAUAUAAAGAGAUUCUCUAACAUCUUAGGAGCCUAAUGACUAGAUGAAACCAGUGCAUGUGCAAGUGAUUAUGAUCUGUUUGAAGAGCUGUAAUUUCCUAGUUUUUGCCAGUGUGUAUUUUCAGUGGAUGGCAUUUAUCCCAUCACUUGCCCUGGGAUGUCUGCUGAAUAACCACAACACAACCUGGCUGUGGGUUUUUGUGCUUAGCCUGCAGCCUCAUCUGUAGAUGGCACUGUGAGGAAAAAGGCAGGCCUUCAGAAAAGCCACCAUACUCACAGAAAUAUUCUUGUGCUUGAGGUACCUGUGUACUCAUGCAGUAUCUUGCAAUUUCAUUUCUUUGUUGACCUUGGUUUUUUUAUUAGGCAUAGUUUCUCACAGAGAAUAUAUAAAAUCCAGUAGGCAAAUAAAUCCUUGUGCAUUAAAACAUCA